UGACAUUUUUAUUUCAUCAUUAGCAUCAGACGCCAGACUGACUGACACGGUGGACACGGCUGCGUUUUGAUGAAAGAGUCCCGGGAUGAGGUAUAUCUAUAUUUAUACACACACAUAUAUUUUAUCUCUCCAACAUUUUACUUUUUUUAGCCUAGACAUCGGGCAUCUGUUUUGACGCUCGCGUUCGCUGCGUAAUCGAGACUCUCCAUUCAGUCGUUGAGAAGAAUAUAAUCCGGAGUCCUCAAAGCCUGGGCAUCGGCUGUCCGUAAGUCAUUUUUGCUUCUUCAUUUUUAAUAUAUUUUUUUUAUUCUUACUUCCGUGAUCCGCGCGUUUUCACCACAAGCCACAGCGAUGCCAGAGACAACGCAAGAGUCCUGCGCUCCGGCCAAAGACUCACCUUUCUUCAUAAAGAACCUGCUGAACUGUGAUAGUAAACCAUCCAAACCCAAGCCCAUUUUCGCUGCAGCCAAGGCAGCUUUGGAGGGGGGAUUUUCCCUUUCCCAAGUCGGAGACUUCAACUUUCCACGCUUUGACCUGGCCGCACAGAGGUUCACCUUACCGGCACACUACCUGGAGCGCACCUCGGCUUGGUGGUACCCCUACACCCUCAGCUCCUCCGCUCACCUACACAGAGCCGAAGUGGCCGAGAAGGCAGGGGCGAGAGACUCCUCUCCAACCUCGGGCACAGACAGAGACUCGCCGGACCUGGUGCUCAAAUCCGAGCCAGACGCCAAAGACGAGGACGACGACGACGAAAUCAACAACAACAAAAGCGGCGAUGAAAUAAUCCUGGAGGAGAGCGACUCAGAGGAAGCCAAGAAAGACGAGGUGGAGGAGUGGAAGAAGAGGGACGAGGACAAGAAGCCGUGCCGCAAGAAGAAGACGCGCACGGUUUUCUCUCGGAGCCAGGUGUUCCAGCUGGAGUCCACCUUCGACAUGAAGCGGUACCUGAGCAGCUCUGAGAGGGCUGGCCUGGCCGCGUCCCUGCACCUGACGGAGACCCAGGUGAAGAUCUGGUUCCAGAACAGGAGGAACAAGUGGAAACGGCAGCUGGCCGCGGAGCUGGAGGCCGCCAACCUCAGCCACGCCGCGGCGCAGAGGAUAGUCCGGGUCCCCAUCCUCUACCACGAGAACUCGGCCUCGGAGGGCGGAGGCGCCUCUGCCAACGUGCCCGUGAGCCAGCCGCUCCUCACCUUCCCGCACCCUGGCGUCUACUACUCCCACCCCAUCGUCACGUCGGUGCCGCUGCUCAGGCCGGUUUGAAAUUUGAGUUUGCAGCAGAAGUUGUGAUGUCUGUUUCCAAAAUCAACUCAUAUGAAACGU